CUCCCAUCCCACACGACACGACGCCUGGGUCCGUCCUGAAGCAUUUUCUACCAGGCCGGGAUCGCGCUGAGAACAUGUCAUGGGAGUUGCCCGUCUUGACCUCUCUCAUCCUCAGCGUCCUCGGGUUCUGGUGGGUCUAUAACCCGCACUCGAGCUACCAGAAGGCCCUCGUCUACGCUGUCGUCUGCGGCCUCACUGUGCUCCUCGACCCUCGCCGAUUGCUGCUGCACAUGUCCGCGUCCCCCAUUGGCCUGGACACUUUGCUCGACCUCCGUCCCCAUGUCCUGCUCAUCCAUAACUUCAAAAUGGUCUUGACGCUCGGCGCCGUUGUCUGGCUGCUGCACCGCUCAUGGCAGACGUUAUGGAAACCCGUCCCCGACCUCAUCAAUAUCCUCGGGGUUGAUGUCCCUGAAUCCCCCGACGUAUCGCUUGCUGGCAUUCGAGCCGAUGCUGCCACUCUCAGCUGGUCCCCCCCUCCCAGCAAUCGUCCUGUGCAAAAAUACUCUAUACAAGUCAAUGGUGUUCAUGUGGGUGACUCGCCGGGUAAUGAAGUUGCGAUUACAGUUACUGGCUUGAAACCGGACCACUUCUACAACAUAAGGGUGGUUGCCGUGGGUCUAAACAACUUCCAGGCAGGCAGUCCAGUCCUCCGCUUGCGGACUUUCGGAAAGGAUGGAAAACCUCAACUCGGGAACUCGAGACUGCCGACCAGUUUCGCUAAAAACGAUCACCCUCGCACCAAGCCCGACGAUGACAACGAUGACACCGAUUUGAAUAGACCUUCCGUUCCAACUGUCGAGGCGGCGCCGGUCCUCGAUGGCAAUGCCGCGCCAACAUCCGAUAUCACGAGUGCCGCCACUGGUCAACGCCGAAACACGAUAAAUCGACGACAACACUCGCCCUCAGUGGCUAGCACGGAACAUCCUCAGAUUAAGCCUCCUGCCACCGAUGGCCCCGAAAUGUCUUUAGAAGAGUUGAACAAUAAAUUUGAAGGCAUUCGAAAGGAGAUUGACGACACUCUAUCACAAUGUGGGAAGGACGAGGCCGAGUUUCAGCAACAAGAAGAGGAGUUGAAGAGAGAGAAAGAUCGCAAGAGACUGGGCCUUAAGGAGAAGGAAGAGCAGACGACGCAACUCAAAGCCUCGGUUCGCAGUACUAUGGAACAGAUGCGUGGCAGCGAGAAAGAACGUGCUAAGAAGGAGCAACAGCUGAAGGACAAGGAGACUAGGAAAUCCAAGGUCCGAGACAGCAUUGCCAAACUUGAAAACGACAUUGAACGGAUGAAAAAGGAUCGGGCUGGAUUCGAGACGCAGAAAACCGAGUUGGAGCAAAAACGCGAUUGCGACGUUGAUAAGCUUGAUGAGAUUAACCAAGACCUCCAAGAAAAGUGUGCUGAGCUUGAGGCGGAGCUUAAGGAGAAGGGAAAACAGCUCCAGGAUCUCAAAGCCGCGCGCGAGCAACUCCCAGGCGGAGAUGACGAACAGUGGAAGGAACACGAUACACAGGUCCGCCGAGACUGGGAGGCUAGGAGGAAGGAACUACAUAACCAAUUGGUUGCAGAAACGAAAAAGGGGCAUCAUUUCGACCAGCAUAUUAGGGUACUCGGCGAACAACUGAGCAUCCAGCAUCAAUCUGGUCUUGCCUUUUACAACCAAGCAGAUGCUUCCCUCGAGUUCGAGCCCUCAACCCAAGUCAACAAGCGACAUAGUGGGAACAGUAACUCCCUCAAUCUCUCACCUCCGCCGACUCAACUCAUCAUCCCAGACAGCCACUUCUUGGCGUCCUCAGGUCUCACUCGCUCCGGGUUUGCACCUGGGCCCUUCAUGGAUUUGGCUGCUGAUGGUCCCGAUGAUCAUCAGACUGAAGCCGAAAUGAGAGCCGCUGGCGGUCCGUUGAGUCCAACUGCACAUUCCCUGCUUCCGUCUGGUAUCUUUGAUGAUACGUUUGAGGUACCCGACCCAGGGGUACACCACAGCUCGUUUUUGCCUGAAGCCAUCACUGCUGGAGACGAUGAGCACAUGUCGCCAGCCUCAUCCAGCCAUUCCCUCAGUCUUUUCUCAAGCCCUCAGGGCUCCUCACAUAACCUGCCGUUCCCACAGUAUACUGAUGGUGAGAUGCACACGCUCAAUCUCAGCACGUCGCCAGCCGCAACCACAUUGGCAGGUCAUCGACUCACUAGUCUUUUGUCUACUUUCCAGCGCAAUCGAGCACCUAAGAUCCCUGACGAGAGUGGAAUACCAAUUGGUACACUCAAAGCAGGGCAGAGUCAGUCGUUUCCCCGCGGCACGGAUGAACAUGAGCCGUUUGGUAAUAAACGCCGGCUCAGUUUUUCUUGGAUGAAUCGUCACUCAACGCAUGAAGGAACUCGAACAAGCGCUAUGUCAUCGAGGCCCUUUUCCGCACGCCGAUUGAACCCCUUCACAAGCUCUGCUGGUGCCCUUCUCCCUGAGAGAGAUGCGGAACAUUCUCGACCUGCAUCGAUUUCAUCGACUGAUCUCCCACGGCCAUCGACCGAUAGUGGCUCAAUUUGGGGAGCCCCUGGAGAGAUCUCCAUGCUCUCGCAGAAUCGCCUCUGGUCCCCUCCAAACGAAGGACGAUGGCAAUCACGAAAUCCGUCUCGUCGUCCAUCGAUUCAUGGAUCCCCUUCAGCAUUGGAAACGACACUUGCAUCUGCCGAAGACGAGAUUUUGGAUGAGGACGACUUGCUCGACCCUCAAACUUCGCCUAGCCAGGUUGGUGUCAUCGGUUCCCGUCCUCCCAGCCACAGAGCCUCGAUGAGUCAACGUCUAAACCCUGCUGCGCCAACCUUUAUGGCCCACAUUUUCGGUAAGGACAGGGAGAAGGACCCCAACUCUGAGAAAGAGAAGGGCAAGGGCAAGGAGAAGGAGCGACAUCGAGACAAGUCCAAGGAGAGGAGAAAAGUUAAGGAGCUGUCUGCUCCUUCCAUCGAGUUCCACAGCACUCUUGACGAUUCCCCCUCAGACUCCCGGAUAUCUAGAGAUGGACAUUCCGUGCAUACUCUGGUAUCAGUAUCAGAGUCCCAUGAGUCUCUGAACCUUGACACGACAGCCUCCAACUCGACCACGGAUAUGACUCCCUCAAGCUACAAGGACCCCGAGAAUGUUGUUAAGAAACUGUUCCGUAAGGGGAGCUCCAGCAAGUUCAGCUUGUCCUCCAGGUUGGGCAAGGACUCGGGACUCUUUAAGAAGGGACCAGGCAGUGCAACCUACUCCGAGAAGAACCUAUCUGCAGAGCAUCGCUCCAGCAUCGGCGACUUGGACGAUCUGGGUGAGGAUGUCUCCCAAAUGGGUCGCAGCUUCGACAGCAUGACAAGCAGCCCUUCGCUAGGCGCGACAAGUUCUCGGAGCAAGGAGACCAAGGAGGGCCGAAUGGGCACCUGGCGAUUCUCGAUGAAGAAGAAGGGCAAGGAUGCACCGGCCAAAGAAAAGGAGAGCUUGGACAUCGACAGGGCAGCGGAAGGGGAAUAGAUGGGAAUGGCCGAGAAGAGGCAUGUAGCGAAGCGUGAUAGCAUAUGGUGGCAACUGGUUAAGUCAGCGAAUACAACACAUUUGUAUCAACCGUUUGUCCCGUGUCUGUGUUGUCCACUCCUGAAGUGGUAUCUCUUCUCAUUUGGAACGC